AGUUCAACUUGAACUGGAUUAGCAGCUUGAAAGUUACACAAAUUUGUCUGUUACGAAUAAAAAUGCGCUGGAAUUACAAAAGUGAAUUGUUUUGAAUUAUUUUCAAGUAGAAAACGACAACAAAACGAGUUUUUAUUUCGUGGCACACAUUACAAACGGUAUAACUUCGAUAUACACAGAUUUCAUUACACGGUUUUGUAGAUAAUGUAUAAACGUUAGUGGACAUUGCACGCAAUAUAAUUUUUGCAUUUGGUGUGUUAGAGUGUUUGUUCAUGAUAUAAUAAUCGACCGUCGGUCGUCGGUUAGUCUAGCUGAUUAAAAUUCGAUUUUGCUAAAUUUGGAUUGCUUAAAACGUUGCGACAACACAAAUUAUGAACGUUCACAGUCUCUCCCCGCUCGUAUUUCUGGGAACAGUCAUUCUAACAUUAAACUGGUCGGUUCAUGCCAGCCAAUGUCCGCUCAAAUUCGAGGGAUUUGGAGUUUUUCUCGGUUCUAAUGACCAUUUAGGGCGUUCCAAACCCGGCACCGAGGCGAAAGUUGUGCAGAUUGUUUAUGAGUCAUUAGGAAUCAGACUAUUUCGCACCUCAUACGAACAGCAAUUUUCGCCAGCAAUCGACAAAUACGAAAUAAAGUGUAACGAUCCGUACACCUGUUCAUGGAUCAACAUUCACGAAGCGGUCUCAUCUUAUCCAGAUGUAAAAGUCUUUGCGUCGAUUUGGAGUCCACCGCACUACAUGAAAGACGAAUUCUUCCAUCUGUUACCCGAGUACGAAACAGCGUUUCUUCACUACAUCCGAAACGUAACGGCGAUGGUGAAGGGAGACUUUAACAUUGACAUCGAAAAGGUUUCGCCGGUGAAUGAACCGGAAAACGUUUUCGCCCCAUGGGAUCACACGAACAUGUCGCCAAUGCAACUGUGUCGGAUUAUUCGGAAUUUCAACGAUCCGUUGAUUUCAGUUUGUCCGGAAAAUGCAUGGUUUUCUGUAACGACCGCGUACUACAACAUCUUGGGCUGUGUUAAACCUUGUGGAAUAAAAGCAACGCAUGCCUAUGCCCUGAAUACGGAUUUCACAUCUCCCAAUUUUAAGCUAGGAUACUACGACCUGGUGAGUUAUAAUUACAGAGGAACAACUGGACCAAUGUGGAUGACCGAAGUGUCCAGUACUUACCUAGAUUCCGACACAACUCAAAUGAAUGAAGCGCUCGAUUUAGCGAUUAACAUCGUCAACUUUGUCGGAGUGACGUGCAUACAAAGGUACUACUUCUGGUAUGCCUACACAAAAGGUCACUCCGGAGAGUCGUUGAUUUGGGGCAAUGAAGAGGGUGAUCUGUUUCUACCCAAAAAGUUUUUCGUUUACAAACUGUUUGUCAGCGCCAGUAACACAACAUCACACGGACCAGUCGACGUGAGUGGUUGUGAGGCCAAAUCGUUUCCAUGCAUUCAAUUCGACAAAGUGGACAGAGUGUUGGUUAACAAAGAAUCCAGUGAAAGAACACUAGAAGUGAAUGAAUGCAGUUCGUUGUGCUGUGUUACGGAAAGUGACGACUUCAUUUGCUUCGAUAAUACCGAACGUUUGCCACCUAGGGCGGUUUGCCAUUGUGCUUUAAAUGUAUUAAGUUAACCAUUGAACCAUUGUGAAUAAAAAGACAAAAC